UGACGGGAAAACCCGGGCGCGUGCCGAAGUGAGCAGGUGAUGUUUAGGAACAUUUAGCUUCGAGUUUAAACUCAUUUUAUUCAUAAUAAACUGCAGUAACAAAUCUUUACUGUGUAACUACAAAAGUUCAGUUUAUGGUGUAGCCUAAAUGACGUCAUCACUUCCAGAAAUGUCGAGGUUAAUACAUGAAUUAAGAGUUUUAAUUCUGUUUACUGGACUGGACAUGGCUUGUUUACUGUGCUAAUGGGCGUGCUCGUCCUGGUCUAAUCUCAAGCACGCGCGCGGUGGUGUGUCGGGAGCGCGCAAGGCGCGCGCACAUACAAUCUGAAAACACCGCAUCGUGCUCUGAUCACCUUCAUCACUGCAGUGCCCAGGUCUCAGUGGAUCAGGAAUUAAAGCUGAGCUGCAGUUUUUACUCGGUGACGUCACUGAAGCUGAAGCUCUGAGCACGAGGAAGACGAGGAAGACGAGGAAGAUGUUUUUACACUGAAACACACCAGUUUAUUUACCUGUUUAUCAGAGCGUCACGCACUGAAUUCCCCUCAGUAAAAGCUGUUGGUGUAAAGCUCAGUGAGGAUGAUGAAGGGGUGUCUGCAGUUCCUCAGAGAACCAGCCAAGAACCUGAAGAUCUGCCUGAAGGAAUCGCAGCGGAGAAUAAAAACCGAGAGACGACAAACACUGACCGAGAAUCAGAUCUUCAUCAUGGAGCUCGCAAGAGAACUGAGCUGGAUCUGUCAGAGUUCAGGUGUUUUGGCUCGGGUGUGGAGAGGAGAGGACGUUUGGUCUGCAGCUGUUUGUCUUCAGUUCAUCACAGAAACUGCGUCGAUUCUGCAGUUGAAGAAGAAGACUGAAGCAGUGUAUCUGACACACACGCACCUGUGUGUAAGGAAGCGAGAGUGUGAAGAGGAGCUGCAGUGUGUGGUAGACGCUGAUGAGAACGAGCUGAAGAGAGAGAUUAUGGACUGGACACACAAACAGAGGAACAAACAUCCGUACGGUGUGACUCUGGGGGAGUCGGUGUUGAAGGUGCUGGAUGAUUUGGAGCUGCAGUGGAAUAAAGGACAAGUUGCUCAUCUUCAGUCUGCACUGGAGCUGCUCAUCUGGAUCACACACACCGAACAUCUGGACAAGGAGCUCGUUCCUCGAUUGUGGCUCAGAAACAAACAGAAGAUUCACAACAUCAAUGCUGUUAGUUAUAUUCCACAUACCGUGUGGAAGUGGAUUUGUGAUGCUGCAGUCGAGGUGACCUUUGACCCCGAGACGGCUCACCCCGCCCUCCUCGUCUCUGAGGACCGGAAGCGUCUGCUUUGCACUCCCGAGCCCCGCCCUGUCACAUCCCACCGGCGUCGCUUUAAUGGCUGGUUUUGCGUUCUAGGCGCUGAGCGGUUAUUGUUUGGGCGGAGUUAUUGGGAGGUGGAGCUCGGCGAAUGGGACUGGCGAGUGGGCGUGGCCAAAGAGUCAGCCGUUCUGGAAGGCUAUACCUCUCUGAACACACAGAGCGGCUUCUACACACUGCGUCUGGAGCGGGGGAGUGAGAUGAAGGCCCUGACCACGCCCACCAUGCCACUCCCCUACAGGCCACGCCCACCACGGCGGAUUGGAGUGUGUGUGGACUACGAGGAGGGGCAGAUAUCAUUUUACGACGCUCACGCUCACACACACAUCUACACAUACUGCGAAACCCUGACGGAGCCGGUGUACCCAGUGUUCGGCACCAACGAGAUCCUCACAGAAAUGCAGAUACCACACCCACAGGCUUGUAAGGGGGCGUGUCCCUUCUGCUGAGGGCCCCCCCCCACAACACACACACACACAAAAUUAUGAUCAUUGUGGAUCAUACUGAUCAAUACAUGCACACUACAAACAUUUCUAUGUGUGAAUGAGGUCACAAAUGGUGGGUGUGUCUGGCAUUGUAGUGGGUGUGGUUAUAGGCACAGAAUUAUAAUAAUCCCUCUCAAAGCUACAUUGCUAACAUUAGCAUGGAUCCCGAUGAGCUUAAUAUAAACAAAAUUGCAAAAUGCUGCUUGUUUGAAUGAUAAUGAAUCUAGUUGUACUUUUUACCCUUGUCUGAUUGGCUAAGCACAAUACAGCCUCAUUUGCAUAAAUUGAGCGCUGAUUAAUUUUAAUUGGUAGCGUUGAAGGUGGGUGUGUACAAUUAUGCUAAUCAGAACAGACAUGAAAUGUAACUGAAGGCUGUUGCUAAGUUCCUGUUUAAAUUUAUAGCCAUCAAUAUUCAAAUAUGCUAAAUGUGAACAUGUUUAUUAAAGAAGUUUGCGUUUAAGUUUACAGAGUUGCUCAGUGGUGUAUAACUGAGUGCUGCUGACCCCCAGUGGACAGUGUCAGUACUGCAGUAUCGAGGUUUUUCUCUGUAAACAUAAUUAUUCACCAAAAUGUUCCUUUAUAAUGAAAAACAUUAAAUCUAUAUUAUUUAUUAUUUACAGUAUGAAUCAGAAUAAAUCUCUAAUUCAGUAAAUUUUUCUUAUUAAACACAGGCCUAAAAAAAUAUAUUGACAAACUCUAAAAACUACAGUAUUAGCAUGUUGGUAAUCUUUGCUUGGUGUUUAUUUAAUUGUUUACAUGGUAAGACUUAAUUUAAUAAAAACACAAUUAAUAAAAAUAAGAACUUUUAAACAUUUAAAAGUUUUUAUUUAAAUUCUGGCUCAGUCUUUAAAAAACACUCACUAUCAAUUUAAAAACAUUAAGACCAAAAUCUAAAACUAAAAUAUUGUCUUCACACACACACACACACACACACACACACACAUUCAC